AUUACGCUUAGAUUUAAUGAUCUGUGGGUUUAGAAUGUCUUUAAAAAGAAGAGGACGGUCAUAGUUCUCAAAGCAAAUUUUCACCAUGGCGACGGCGCACUUUAACAAGAAAACUGAUUGAAAGAAUUAUGCUCAUCGGCUCUAUAGACGGGUGCCAAGCGCACCUUUGACGCGAGCAGGAAAUGACCUUGACCUCGCAUGACAACAUUCACAUGUGCUUGAGCUUCCUCAAAGUGAAAUCGUCUCUACAUUAUGACUAAAUUCUCAAAAUAGACGAAACGCAUAUGUUAGGUACAACAUGUUCAAGAGAACCAGUUUGAGUGAAGAAUCCAUUCAGGAAUCGGACAGAGUGGUCAAGUUUCAUGAGGCAAUUCGUCAAGGUGAAGAAGAAAUGGUUUUGACAUUUCUACAGAGUGGUAUGAACGUGAAUGCAGAUAUCAACUACGAGUCUCCAUUAGCCACUGCGGCCCAGUGUGGCAGAACCAGUAUCGCUAAGAUGCUGAUCGAACAUGGGUGUAGUGUGAACACACUGGAUCGCUAUCUCAAGUCUCCUCUGUUUGUUGCGGUGCAGUCCAAUGACAGAGAACUUGUGAAAGUCCUCAUCCGAGCUGGAGCUAACCUCAAACAUAAACGCUUUAAUGGAUACACACCGCUGCACGAGGCUGUAAGCAGGGGUCGCGAUGGGGUUGUCAUGGAGCUCCUGUCUGCAGGCGCCGAUGUCCAUGUUGUCGACAAUGGCAAGGAAACACCACUACAUAUUGCCUGCUUGUUUGGACACACUGCCAUCGUUCAGAUGCUGCUGGGUGCGGGGGCCAGUGUAAAUGCCACCAAGGGCCCCCGGGGAGUGUCACCAAUACAUCUGGCUGCAUUUCAAGGUUCUCCCAAGACCAUUCAUAUGCUGGUCAAUGCUGGAGCAGACGUGGACUGUAUCAACGAUGACAACAAGCGUGCUCCGAUACACUUCGCCUGCAUCAAGAACAACUAUCAGGGAUUGGAAGCUCUACUGUCACAUGGUUGUAAAGUAAAUAUUUUGAGUAUGGAGAAUGAUGAAGCGAAAACACCCCUAUUAAAAGCUAUUGAAUGUGGACACUUAGCAAUCAUCAACAGACUGAUUGAUUCUGGAGCAGAUGUAGAUUUAGGUGACCACUAUGGAGUUACUCCCCUUAUCACGUCCAUAUUCAAAUUUAAUGCCGUGAUAGCAGCUAUAUUAUUAAGAGCUGGGUGUGACGUCAACAAACCAUGUCGCAACAAGCUAACAGCCUUCACAGCAGCAGUAGCCCACUGUGCCCAGUACAACAUCGCCAAGAUGGUGCUUCUGUCCGGCUACCGCGUCACACCCGGGGAUAUCAAGCAGCUGCAGAAACUCCCCAUCACAGAAACAAUGUCCACAGAAGAUCUGAGUCAGUUGCAGUUUCUCAUCAACGGAGUUGCCAGUCUAAAACGUCAGUGCCGACAGGCGGUGAGAGGUUACCUUGGUGACAGGCCGGCAAGGAAGUUUUCGCAACUUCCUCUACCACAAUCCGUCCGUGACUAUCUGGAUUUUCCUGAGUUGGAUGACUUUGUGACCUCUAGGGCUUGAAAUACUGUUUAGGAUUCUCAAGAUUCAAUUUUGUUAGAUUGAUGCUCUCAAAUCUAAUUAGGCAUUCAUUAAGAUUAGCGACCGCAAGAAUAGAGUUUGAAAUUCAAAUUCUUGGACUUAUUCUAUAGUUUCAUGCAGAAUAAAUAUACCGUAUACGACGUAAUUAAGCGCCCAGGGUGCUCUCAAAAUUAGAAUAUUAUUUUGGUGAAAGAAACAGAGUUGAAAGAUAAAUUUCGUGGUUUAUGCUGACAGCCUGAAAUGUACGAC